AUGUCACUACCUCAUAAGUACUGGUGGCAAGAGUACCGAAGGAGAAGGGAACAGCCCAAUGUAAGGAACAUGAGCCCGGAGACAGUUUUCAGGAAAGUCUUCUCAAAGACUAUCAGAGAAUAUCUAUCAGAAUGCUCUAUAGGGGGAAUAAGUACUAUAUACAAAAAUGAGAUUAGCCUGUUUAAAAGGAUAACCGCACUGUGUAUAUUUACCCUGCUGUUCCUCUCAAUAUUCUACUUCCUGAGGUAUACCUGGUUCGAUAACCUGGCGAAACCGUUCAUCGUCACCAUGGAGACCACCUCCUACCCCAUCAGGAACAUAGACUUCCCUGCCAUAACCCUGUGUAACUUCAACAGGAUCAGUAAGAAGGCGUUAAACAACUUUGUUACUCAAAGUUAUCGAGCUAUCGCCACAAAAAAUGAAUCAAUCGAGGAGGUCGCGAUGUUCCUCAGACAUCUGGGAAGACUAAUAGACCACACAUAUUAUGCACCACUCACACUAAGUCCAAUGUUUGUUUCAUUUGCGAAGUACCUUGGCAACACCUAUAACAUUACUAAAAUCAUGCGGCAGGAACUUCGUUCCAAAAAUGAAACUGAUUUGUUCCAGCUGGCGCCAUCUUGCGAAGACAUGAUCCUCAGAUGCACCUGGUCCGCCAGGCUGGUGGAUUGCAGCUCCAUAUUCCAGAUGUACCAAACAGCGCACGGCCAUUGCUGCGCCUUCAACGUCGUGCUUCCUGACUCUACCGGCUGGUACAAUAAUACUGCAAUCAAAUUGCAUAAGCAAUCUAGUCCAGGAUCGUCCUAUGGUCUAAAUGUCAUCCUGGAUCCCAUGCUUGACGACUACGAAUAUCCCCUACAAAACAUGUACGGCUUCGAAGCUCUCAUAUACGACCCCGCUCUCAUCGCUGACCCCACAGUGGGUGGGGUGAAGCAGCUCAUUCUGCAGCCGGGUAACAAAUUCUACUUUAAAGUUCAAUCAACCAAGCAAAUUGCCACGUCCGAAAUCAAAAAGUAUUCUAAGCAUACGAGAAAUUGUUUUUUUCACAACGAACCGCUUAGAAAAUCCAGCAACUUUUACUCGUACAGCUCGUGUAUUGUGAACUGUCGGACGAGAACCAUACAGACUCUCUGCAAUUGCAUCCCAUACUACUUAGCAUCGUCGCCCAAUCAGGGACCAGUCUGCACCUUGGACAACUUGAAAUGUCUCGACAAAUUCAAAGAGAAAUUCUACAACCUGUAUCCUUUCGAUACGAAUAAUGUUGUCGGCUUAGAGUCGGAAAUACAGAACUCCCUGUUCUGUCCUGACUGCUACCCCGAUUGCGAAACGAUACAACACAAGAUGCGACAUUCCAUCAUACCGUUUCGAAAAUUCGAUUCUGAUAGAAAGAACUUCAUAAGCCGAUUUGUGGCUGGCCUAAAUAUGUCCAACUUGUGCUGGCUGGGCGUUUACCAGGUCACUGCGUCCGGCGUGUUAAACCGCCUUGACGUCGUUCUCUAUUGGUUUGAGGUCUUAAGUAACGUUGGCGGAUAUUGCGGAGUUCUUGUUGGGCUAUCAAUCAUCAGCGCAGUGGAGUUGCUAUAUUUUUUUGUUUUUAAA